UCUCUUGACUUAUGGAUGGAUAUGUGCCAAUAUGUAAGGAACUCGGGUCUAGGCCCUGAGCUUCCAAACUCGGACCGUGUUUUCUCCGAACAUGGAUGGUUUGCAACUAACCAAUUCUUACUAGAAGUGAUCUUCCAUAAUAGAAUGAAGCAAUAUGAUUGCUUAACAAAUGACUCUUCUAUUGCAUCAGCCAUCUUUGUACCAUUCUACACAGGACUCGACGUAGCACGACACUUGUGGAACACAGACUCCGAUAUAAGAGACUCGGGUGGGUUCGAGUUAGUAAGACUACUAAAGAGGAAGCCAGAGUGGAAGAGAUGGUGGGGAAGAGAUCAUUUCUUUGCUGCAGGAAGAAUAACAUGGGAUUUUAGGAGGUCAGAAAAUAAGAAUGAUCCAGAUUGGGGAACUAAAUUCCUUUACUUACCUGAAGCUAGAAACAUGACGGGUUUAGUGAUCGAAUCGUCGCCUUGGAAUAGCAAUGAUUUUGGGAUACCAUAUCCUACUUAUUUUCACCCUUCAAAUGAUGCAGAUGUUUUUCAAUGGCAAUAUAGAAUGAGUAAACAAAAGAGAAGAAAUUUAUUUUGUUUUGCCGGGGCUCCAAGACCCGAUAGACCUGAUUCGAUCCGUAACCAAUUGAUCAACCAAUGUGAGAGUUCCAAGAAAUGUAUGAUGAUUCACUGCAAUAAUUGGAAGAAUAAGUGUCAUAAACCAGCUGAAUUAAUGAAGAUGUUUCAAAGCUCUCAUUUCUGCUUGCAGCCUCCAGGAGACUCUUAUACAAGAAGAUCCACUUUCGAUUCGAUACUUGCGGGUUGUAUACCCGUUUUCUUCCACCCGGGUUCGGCUUAUAUUCAAUACUUGUGGCAUCUCCCUAGGGAGUUUACUAAGUACUCAGUUUUCAUCCCUAUGUAUGAGGUGAGAGAUGGUAAAGUUAGCAUACAAAAGGUGUUGGAGAAAAUUUCUGCUCAAAGAGUUGAAAAAAUGAGAGAAGAGAUUAUAAACCUUAUUCCUAAGAUAAUAUAUGCUGAUCCAAGGUGUAAGUUAGAGAGUUUGGAAGAUGCAUUCGACGUCACGGUGAAGGGGGUGUUGGAGAGAGUUAGAAGGAUUAAGGAAGACAUGAGAAAUGGGAGGGAUGAUAGUUUUGGUUAUGAUGAAAGGCAAGCAUGGAAAUAUAGGUGGCUAGGGAAGUUGGAGGAACAUGAAUGGGAUCCUUAUUUUUCUGGUUCUUUUGAUUCUAGGAACUUCACAAAUUUUUAGUUUAAUCAGAUUUUGUUUAGUAGAUGAGUUUUUUCUUGCAAUUUUUUGUAGGAAAAAUUUAAGGGGAUUGAUUUAUUAUUCUUAAUGAAUACAAGUACAAUUCUUUGUUUCCUGCUCUUGUGUUGCUAAUGUAGCAUGAUCAGCUUGUAAACUUAUUACAGAUCAAAACUCUUGCUAUUUAUCAUAAGUGCAAUGAGAAA